AUGUUGCUAUUUCAAAUCUUUGGAUGUCCGUGGUUUUUAAUUAGCGUCCUUGUGCCAUGUUAUUGCAGCUUACAAUCGGGCUUCUCUCAACUCCAGCGAGGACACAGACUAGACAGGAAACUGAUUCAAUCCUUCCAAGGACUCAGUUUCUUGGACUGUGUGAUAGAAUGUCUAGUAACACCACGGUGUAAAUCUGUCAACUAUUGCAAAGGGGCUAAUUUCUGUGAAAUUAACUACGAAAAUAAGACGACAGCAGAUAAUAAAUACAUGGAUAAUGCUGGAUUUGUGUACAGUGAAAAGGAGCACUGGCCUAAGGAGCUGGCUGGAGCUUGUUCGAACUCAACCUGUGAAAUCAACCAGACAUGUAAACACAAAAGAUAUUCCGAGGAUAAAUUCUUUGAAUGUGUUCUGUCAGAUUGUGGAAUACCCGAUCAAAAAGGAAUAAAUUUGAGUUCAAUAAAACGUGAGGACGCCAUUGGUCUACACAGGAGGAUACACGCCUCGUGUGCUGACGGAUACUCCCAGUCUGGUUCAGGACGGCUGAACUGUCAGUCAAACGGAGAGUGGAAAUACAACAUUGUCUGUGAAGAUGUUGAUGAGUGCCAGAAAGACCCUUGCCUCAAUGGAGCCGAGUGCACAAACACACCCGGCUCAUUCAACUGUACAUGUGACGCCGGAUGGACGGGGAUAGUUUGUAAUAAAGAUGUUGAUGAGUGCCAGAAAGUACCUUGCCUCAAUGGAGCCAAUUGCAUAAACACACCCGGCUCAUUCACCUGUACAUGUAACGCAGGAUGGACGGGGAAAGUUUGUAAUGACGAUAUAAAUGAAUGUCUGGAUAAUCCAUGUCAAAACGGAGGAAAAUGCAGUAACAACAAUGGAUCUUUCGAGUGUACAUGCGCAGGUGGAUUCACAGGGGUACUCUGUAAUGAAGUUCUGCCGAAUAUCGCAUUUCGUAAACCUGCCGAACAGUCAUCAACGAAAUUUCACUAUAACGCCUCGCGUGCAGUGGAUGGCAUUAGAGAAACAAACUUUCUUUUACACUCGUGUACAAACACAGAUGAUGGCGACAAAAAUCCUUGGUGGAGGGUGGAUCUACAGGCUGUGUAUUCCAUCACAUCUGUCAGAAUACUCAACAGAGGAUUAGAUCGAUACGGAGAUGUGUCAGAACUACUGCGAGAUGUUACCGUUACUGUUGGGCUGACAGAAUCAAAUGUGAACACUCCCUGUGGUUUCUUUGCUGGUCCCGGUACUGCGUCACAGCUGGUCGUCAUCGAUUGUCCGACUUCAAUACAGGGGAGAUUCGUAAAGAUCUCCAAGACAACAGAGGCCCUCACUCUUUGUGAGGUUGACGUGUUUGGCGUUCCCGUCUAAUCAUCAAAUUAUUUGGUGUCAUAGAUGAAAAGUUACCGUAUAAAAAUACAUGCAUCUGUUUGAUUAUUCCAGAUAAUUUAUUAUGUAUUCCCUUUUUUCUAAUUCAGCUGAACGAGUCUUACUUAUGCCUUCAGUCAGUUCAAGCAUGCAUGAAUCUCUGACAACAUAUACCACAGCAUACAAUGUGACAUAGCACUGGAAUCUUAUACCUAUGC